UCAGUUCAGAACCGUACCGUGGUCUUGGGCACACGUUCAGCCUCCGGGUCCCCUCGUUCCUCUUUCAUGGAUUGUAACGCGUUUUCUCCUUCGUAACAAGGGCGGAACUAAAAAAAACAAAUAACGCCACAUACGAUUAGACGGGGAGGAUGUCAGAGAAGUUCAAGUGCGGUUAUCUUCAAGAACCUGAGUGUUUGUUCUGAGGGACGCCGCGGGACUAAACGCACGAGUUGCUACAGUUUACACUUUUGGACCCCCCAGGCUGCUGGACAGUUUCUGCUUUCCUGGGCAGACCCUGCCUGGGUCUCUUUCUCACACGUCUAUCUUUCAUACACACCAAGACACACACUCACCCUUACACACACAGAGAGACACACACACACACACACACACAUUCAGCUGCCUACGUACUACGUGGUAUCCCUCCCACUUCCCCCGCAGUGUGUCUUCAGAGUCCACUCCCCCCCCCCCAUUUCCCGCCCCCUUGUUUGUGUUCCUUCCUGUAUCGACAUGACGGACUUCCAGAGGAUCUUAUUGGUCCUCUGCUUGACGCUUGUGCCGUGGACCCCGCCCACUCAGGCCGCCAAUCAUCACCCCAGCGGCCAUCCGUUCCCAGGGCAACAGCAGCAGGCGGGCCCGCCCCUGGACCCCUGCUACGACGAGGCGGGCGUGGCGCGCCGCUGCAUCCCAGAGUUCAUCAACGCGGCCUUCUCCCAGGAGGUGGUGGCGUCGAGCGUGUGCGGCGUGCGCACGCCGACCCGCGCCUGCGUCCCUUACGAGGGCCACCGCGCGUCAAUGCCUCCGCCCCCCGUCUCGGUGGUGCGCUCGUGCCACACCUGCGACGCCUCCGACGCCCGGCGCGCCCACCCGCCCUCGUACCUCACCGACCUCAACUCCGCCCACAACCUGACCUGCUGGCAGUCGGACAACAUGGCGGCCGUGCAGAACGUCUCCCUGACCCUCUCGCUGGGCAAGAAGUUCGAGAUUACCUACGUGAGCCUGCAGUUCUGCUCGCCCAAGCCCGACUCCAUGGCCAUCUACAAGAGCAUGGACUACGGCAAGAGCUGGCUGCCCUACCAGUACUACAGCUCGCAAUGCCGCCGCGUCUUCGCCAAGCCCAACCGGGCCGCCAUCACCAAGCAGAACGAGCAGGAGGCACUCUGCACCGACUCGCACCUGCACGGGGACUCCCAAGCGCUGGGCAUCAGCGGUGGCGGAGGGGGUGGCGCGGGUGGCUUCAGUACUGCUGCUGGUGGUGUUGGUGGUGGUUCAGGGGGGCUGAUCGCCUUCAGCACCCUGGAUGGAAGGCCCUCGGGGAAGGACUUCGACAGCAGCCCCGUGCUCCAGGACUGGGUGACCGUCACGGACAUCCGUGUGGUCUUCACGCGGCCCCAGCUCGGACCCGAGGACCUGGCUAUGGCUUCGUCCGCUGCGGCUGCCGCUGCUGCCAUGGGCCCCCCGGGUGUGAAUGGUGGUGUGGGCAGUGGCGGCACUACUGGUGGUGCCGUCGGGACGUUGCCCUCCUACUUCUACGCCGUGGGCGAUUUCCAGGUGGGCGGCCGGUGCAAGUGUAACGGGCACGCGUCCCGCUGCAUGCGCGACCGGGACUCCAAGCUGGUGUGCGACUGCAAGCACAACACGGAGGGGCCGGAGUGCGACCGCUGCAAGCCCUUCCACUACGACCGGCCCUGGCAGAGGGCCACCGGCCGUGACGCCAACGAGUGCCUGCCGUGUAACUGCAACCUGCAUGCGCGGCGCUGCAGGUUCAACAUGGAGCUGUAUAAGCUGUCUGGCCGUAAGAGCGGCGGCGUGUGCAUGAACUGCAGACACAACACGGCGGGACGCCACUGCCACUACUGCAAGGAGGGCUUCUACAGGGACAUGGCCAGGCCCAUCACACACAGGCGCGCAUGCAAAGCGUGUGACUGCCACCCAGUGGGCGCUGCUGGUAAGACGUGUAACCAGACGACAGGCCAGUGCCCCUGUAAGGACGGCGUGACCGGCAUCACCUGCAACCGCUGUGCCAAGGGGUACCAGCAGAGCCGCUCGCCUGUGGCCCCCUGCAUCAAGAUCCCUGUCAUCAGUCCUACAGUAGCCGUCAGCAGCACCAGCACAGAAACAGAAGAAGAAUCUGCAGAUUGUGAGUCGUACUGUAAGCCAGUGAAGGGAAAUCUCAAGAUCAACAUGAAGAAAUACUGCAAGAAAGAUUAUGCGGUGCAGGUGAAUGUGCUGGACAUGCAAACGGUGGGCGACUGGGCUAAGUUCACCGUCAACGUGGUUUCGGUCUACAAGAGCCGUGGUGAGCCCCUCAAGCGCGGUGACAACCUGCUGUGGAUCCACAUGAAGGACCUGGCCUGCAAGUGCCCGCGUCUGCAAAUGAGCAAGCGCUUCCUGGUGCUGGCGACCAAUGAGAACACGGCCAGCAAUACAGGGGCGGGUUCUGGCUCUCCGCCGGGGGCGGGGCUUCUUGCCGACAAGAACAGUCUGGUUAUCCAAUGGCGGGACGUGUGGACUCGGCGGCUGCGGAAAUUCCAGCGAAAGGAGAAGAAGGGCAAGUGCAGCAAAGCAUGAUGGGGGAAAUGUGCCGCCCCCAAACCACCCAAGACUUCUUCCCUGCCCCCACCCCACCCCCCUACAAAUGACCUAUGACCUACCACAACCUACCCCCUCCACCCCCACACCCACCCUGGAGCACAUUACAGAGACUGUGUAUGUACUACCCUUCCUUAGAGGGACCACUAUGUGUAUAUUGUACGUAUUAUUAUUUGAACUGUCUGUUUUUUGUUUCUUUUUUCUACUGGUCUGCCUUGUGAAGGGACCAUAAAAAAGGGGAAGAUGUGUGUGUGUGUGUGUUUUGUGUGCCACACCUCUCGACAACGACAGCGAAAAUGUCCACUUAUGAUUCUCCCCUACGGUAGUUCCACAUUUCAGUCCCUUAUAAAAGACUGGACCAAUUCCCUACCCGACCCAACUCAACGCUGGUGGGCAUAGUCUCAUCAAACACUUCCCCCUCAGAUGGAUGGAUGACCUCUGGGUCAGAGAUGCGAAACGAGCUCUUCUCAACCUGAAGGAUGGAUAUCUGCACUCUCUCAACAACCCCUGCUGCCUUCCACCCUAGCCAAUGAAAACUGCACAACCUGUGUUCUUCUGCCUCCUUCCCUGUCCAGUAACCCCUCUUCACCCAUUCCUCUGCCAGGCCGUUCCAGGCUCCCCCACCCUCCUCCCUGGCUGUGCUAGUGUUCACACUCCACAGUCACCAGUCACCUGCUGUCUGCCUGUCUAUUUAAAGUCUGUCUCUCUGUCUCCGCUUCUAUUUAUAGGACGGCUCCAGCCUGGACCUGUCGAUGCCCCCUGCUGCUUCUCUUCCCUGGUGCUAUCUCUCUCUCUCUCUCUCUCUCUCUCUCUCUCUCUCUCUCUCUCUCUCUCUCUCUCUCUCUCUCUCUCUCUCUCUCUGUCUCUCUCUCUCUCUCUCUAGUUCUGAGGCUAUUCACAGGCUGCUUUAUCAAACACCAAACAAUCCCCCGGUUUCCAACACUCUCGGGCCUGGCAAAGUGAUUCCUCCCUUUUGAUGAUGGAUGCCUCAGACUGUCGAAAAGGAACCUGAACUUUUGAUUGGUUCCCUCUUCAGCAAAAAACACUUCCAGGAAGAAAUUACAUCAUCCUCAGACAGAUGGACAUUUGUUGUUUCUUUGUUUUUUUGUUUUUUUCUAAAGACUGAUCCUUUUACUCCUUUUAGUAAGGUCUUCCAAUAGUGGUACAUAUCAUAUAAACAUAUGAUUACGAGUGAUUUCUGCUAAUACUGCCUACUUUCGGAGUGCAUGAGUGAGUUUGUACGCAUGACAAAUAGGGAUAUACAGAAUUGAAUGAACACACUCACAC